AUGGCUGACCAAGGAUUGGAAGGGAGCCAACCGGUGGAUCUACAGAAGCACCCUUCUGGGAUCGUGCCUACCCUUCAGUAUCCAACUGAGUCAACUCCCAUGUCUUCUGUUUGUACUGCCAGAAAUAUUGUGUCCACAGUAAAAUUGGACUGUAAGUUGGACCUCAAAACAAUUGCACUACAAGCUCGUAAUGCAGAGUACAAUCCCAAGGCAAAAUUAUUACGUUUUGCUGCUGUUAUUAUGAGGAUAAGAGAUCCCGAAACAACUGCACUUAUUUUUGCUUCGGGCAAGAUGUAUGAACCAGAGCUCUUUCCAGGUCUAAUCUACCGUAUGAAGCAACCUAAAAUAGUCUUGCUUAUUAUAUUUGUCUCCGGAAAAAUUGUUCUAACAAGAGCGAAGGUGAGAGAUGAGACAUACACUGCCUUCGAGAACAUACAUCCUAUUUGUGAAGAAAGAGCAGAGGAGCAGUGGUCUUGCAGUGAAGUUCGUGGAACUGUAAAUAUUAAGACAAAGGAGAUGAUAUCUAGAUUGAUAUAA